UUUUCAACAUAAAGAACACGUUUGAAGUACUUCAUAAGCCUGUAGGUGGUGAAAUCCAGCAGUAGCUGGAGGGUCCAGCUGGGAGUCAAGGAGAGGAUCCCACAUUCCUGAUGAUUUGGGAAUAAGAUUGUUCUGACAGAUUGUUGCCCCUUCCCACUAGAAUGUUGGCUGGGUAAGGAGAGGGAUCUUUUGUUUUUUUAUUUCCAGGAUCAACAAGCUUGUCUGGAGCAUAGUAAGUCCUCAGCGAAUGAUCAGGAGGUGGCGGGCUGCUGGUUUCCACCUGGCCCAGUAUUGGUGGCCCAAUGGCUGUUGUAGCUAUUUGGGGAAUGAACCAGAAAAUGAAAGUUCUUUCCAUAAUUCUUUCAAAAUAAAUCUUUAAAAGAAAGAGAGCAUAUAAACCUAUCCUGUUCAAUAGAACUUUUCUGUUGAAAAUGUUAUGUUUUACCAGUGGAAAGUCACAAGCCACAUUCAGGUUGUUGAGCUAUUUAGAACUUUAAAUGUAGCUGAGUGCAACUGAAGAAUUGAAUUUCUAUUUAGUUUAAAUUCAUCUACAUUUACAUGACCACAUGUGGCUGUGGCUGUUGGACACAACAGUAUAGAAACACUAAAUUAGGGGCCAAAUAUGUAAGCAUUGUAUUACAUCCAAGGCAUUUAAUGUGUGUAAAAUUAAAAGUUUAUUUGGUGAAUUAAAAAAAAAUCUCUGCAUAAGAAGGCGGCUCAUGAGAAAUGAGUGGCAGGCAUUCAGUAACUUGAACCAUCUUUUCUACUUUCCAGGGUUUACAUUGGCAAGAAGCUGGAAUCAGGAGCAAAGCCAGAUGCUCUCCAAACCCUUGAUUAUGGAAUAUCUGGCUCAUCCUAGUGCACUCAGCUUGGCUGCUGGAGUUGCCUGUGGUGUGUGCCUGGGCUGGGGCCUCCGAGUACGCUUUGGGAUGAUUCCCAAAAGAUCAACAAGUGAAGCAGACACAGAGAGUGACACUGAAGAGACCAUCUUGGGAGAGAGUGAGGAGUAUAAAAUGGUUCUUGUGGUUCGAAAUGACUUGAAGAUGGGAAGAGGAAAAGUUGCUGCCCAGUGUUCCCAUGCAGCAGUGUCUGCCUACAAGCAGAUUCAAAGGAGAAAUCCUGAAGUGCUCAAACAGUGGGAAUACGGUGGCCAAACCAAAGUGGUGGUCAAAGCCCCUGACGAACAAACCCUGAUUGAAUUAUUAACCCAUGCAAAAAUGCUAGGACUCACUGUCAGUUUAAUCCAAGAUGCUGGGCGUACACAGAUUGAACCGGGCUCACGAACUGUCCUAGGAAUUGGGCCAGGACCAGCAGAUCUAAUUGACAAAGUUACCGGCCACCUAAAACUUUACUAGGUGAACUACCAAGGAGACUUCCUCGAGCAAGUGUGUGAAGUGUGUGGAAUUCUAACAAUAGAAUCAAUUUCUUCCCAGUUAUUUUGAGGUGAAAAUAAAAGGCAUUCCUUUGUUCCUGUAUCAUA